AGAAGUUGUCAAAGAAAUUGUAAACAAAAAUAUUUAUUUUGAUUUUUGUGCCGUUGCUAAAUUUUCGUAAUUCCAAUUGAAGUUUUACUAAAUUUUAGGUGGUAAAACGGCUAAACAAGCAUCGAAUUACGAAAAUCUCCCAGUCCAUCAGAAUGUUUAGCCAAAGGUGCGUACGAUUGAACACCAGAUCAGUGGUAUACUUGAUAAUGUCAUUGAUCCUCACGCACAUCAGAAUCACCCAGACUUCCGUUAACUCCAAUAACCCAGAAGUGAUUCCUACGAAGCUGGAGAAAACCAACACCGAUAAUGACCGAAAUGCUCUGACCAUCAAUUCCUGGAAUAAAAUCCUAUCGGAUACAAGCCACUGCCCAAACGAGACACUAUGCAGCGAUUUGCCGAACUCGUGCCUAAACUGCCAGUACAACCCGCAGUGCAUUUACGGAGCGGAAAUCAACGUAACUUGCAGUCCAAAACCGACCGUAAGCUGUGUUCCCGAUGGGUCUGGCGGAACCGAAAUGAGGCGCAAAACCAUUUGCCGGUAUUGCUACCAAACAGAACGGUGGGAGCAACUUUGCGAACAGAAAGGUGGCUGCAACUCGAUCGAUUCCCAGUACAAAACCAACUGCACCGUAAAUGGGGAGAUCCUGUGUAUGGGUCACCGGACUUUCAUGAAGAAGGUUCCGUGCAAUUGGACGCAGGGUUACCGCUGGUCGACGACGUUGAUUUUGAGCAUCACGCUGGGUGGAUUCGGAGUUGACCGGUUCUUUCUGGGGCAUUGGCAGGAAGGCAUCGGCAAGUUGUUCAGUUUUGGCGGUUUGGGCGUUUGGACGCUGAUCGAUGUGCUGCUGAUUUCGUUGCACUAUCUGGGGCCAGCCGAUGGGUCCUUGUACAUCUAAAGGUAAGUUGGAAAUACUCGAUUUGAUUCAUGUGAUAAAUAGGAUAGACUGUUAAAAAUACUCUGA